AUGAAUACCCGCCAAGUCAUCGAUGAGUCCGUCGGACCAUAUUCGUUAUCGGUUACCUUCAACCAUGACAGCAGCUGCUUCUCAGUCGGCUUAGAAACUGGAUUUUGUGACCUCAAUGCAGGUAUCGGCAUUGUCGAAAUGCUCGGACAAACGAACUACAUCGCCAUGGUGGGUGGUGGGCGAAACCCCAAAUUCCCGCAGAACAAGCUUGUGAUCUGGGAUGAUCUCAAACUAAAGCCUACUCUCCAACUCGAAUUCCGUACCUCUGUUCUUGGUGUCCGCCUCUCUAGAACCAGAAUCGUCGUUGCUCUCUUGAAUAGUAUCCACUUAUAUCCGUUUUCAACUAGCAAACAAAAGCUGGGCUUCUAUGAGACAUCCGACAAUCAUAUGGGUCUGGCUUGUCUAGGUGAAAAGCUGCUUGUCUUUCCUGGCCGGUCCCCGGGACAGGUGCAGUUGAUAGAGUUGGAAACGGGGAAUAUUAGUAUUAUCCCAGCACAUAGCUCUUCACUACGGGCAAUGGCACUGAGUCCAGAUGGCGAGGUUCUCGCUACAGCAAGCGAAGCUGGCACUUUGAUCCGAAUCUUCUCAACUGCAAACUGUACGAAGCUGGCAGAGCUGCGCCGUGGAGUUGACCAUGCAGUAAUAUUCUCUCUAUCUUUUUCACCAUCUAACACUCUCUUGGCCGUAACCUCGGACAAAUCUACUUUACAUAUUUUUGAUGUACCCCAUCCCAGCCACAGUGGGCGUCACAGCCAGUCCCCAGCUUCAGGGACAGAGAAUGGUAAUCGGACAUGGGGCAUUCUUGGAAGAUUGCCACUUUUGCCACGAGUCUUUUCAGAUACGUAUUCAUUGGCCAGUGCACAUUUUGAGAUGGGCGAUGAGCCUAUCCCGGGAUCCCCAUCUAUGCUCAACCAUGGCUUAUCACUAGGCCGGCCUCCCAAAGGCAUCAUUGGCUGGCAGGAUGACCAGACUCUAAUGGUGAUUGGGUCUGGAAGGGAAGCCCGCUGGGAGAAAUUCAUACUCCGAGACGGGGAGGAUGGAAGACGACAUUGUAUGCGGGAUGGUUGGAAACGGUAUCUCAGCGGCUGA